GCGAUUCAAUGUUAUUUCCCUUCCAGCUGAAGGGCAGCUAAGGUUACAAAGGGAUUUGACUAAUAGGCCAAAACCCAGUGAAGUUUGCUGAGAACCAAGUGACAGCAGCAGUGGAGGCAGCGUGUGGAGAGGGGGUGGGUGUGAACUGCGGCCAAGGAUCACUCCAAGAGCCUUCUGGAUAACCCUAGCCCGGUGUAGACUGUGCUGGACCGGCCAGGUGGCCCCCGGUCAGAUCUUCCAGAAAGAAGCAGCUGCAAAUUGGUUCUGCCGCGUGCACAGCUUCCCGUUUCCCUCCUUGAUGCUUGCAGGGCUGGAGCCUCGGAAGCUUCUAGGUUUCCUGCACCAGAGUAGUGCCUCCUUACCUGACACCUUCAGAGACCUGGCCUCUUGAGGACUCCUCUGAGAGGCUGGCAAUGGGGAGCCCCCCCUUCUUUGCCUGAAGUCCCUAAGGGCUAAACAAGCCACUUGACAAACUUUGACAAGCUCCAAAAGAGAACCGAGAAGAAAUACAUCAGAAGAAGAGAAAAAGCAAAGGUUAAAACCUCGAUGGCUUUCCUCCCCCCACCCCCCACCCCUCCGCUGUCGUUCCAGCUGUAGCCUGGGAUUAAUUAAGUGCUGCAAAGUCAGUGCCUGGGAGAGAAGGGGAAAAAAUGCUUGCUCUCUCUAAGGAAGGAGGACAGAGAGCGUCCUCACCAGUGAGAAAGCUUGGGAAGUGAGUCUCGUCGUCAGUGUUUGCGGAGGGACUGGAGGGACAGGGAGGCUGUGCCAGGCUGGAGGAGGCUUGCCUUUCCGAAGCGGGAGAGGAUUUGCCGGGGAUUCGCCUUCCCCUGCCUGGGAAGAAUUUCCCUGCUGGUAGCAGCCGCCGAGGCGGCAGCAGCAGCAGCAGCAGCAGCAGCAGCCGCCGCCUCCCGACCUCCUCUUCUGGGGACCAGGGCAGAAUGCCUGUGCUCGAGCGUUAUUUCCACUCGGCAGAGCUGGGCAGAAGGUGGACGGCCCCAGAAGGUGCGCUGCCCUCCUCCCUGGGCAGCCGGCCGGGGUGCCAGCAGGGGCCGCUGCCCUGGGACUUGCCAGAGAUGAUCAGGAUGGUCAAGCUGGUUUGGAAAUCCAAAAGUGAGCUGCAGGCGACCAAACAGAGAGGCUUUCUAGAGAAUGAAGAUGCGCUCCACAGCUUUCCAGGAGAUGUACGACUGAGGGGUCAGACGGGGGUUCCUGCUGAACGCCGUGGCUCCUACCCAUUCAUCGACUUCCGCCUACUUAACAAUACAACACACUCAGGGGAAAUUGGCACCAAGAAAAAGGUGAAAAGACUGUUAAGCUUUCAGAGAUACUUCCAUGCAUCAAGGCUGCUUCGUGGAAUUAUCCCACAAGCCCCCCUCCACCUGCUGGAUGAAGACUACCUUGGACAAGCAAGGCAUAUGCUCUCCAAAGUGGGAAUGUGGGAUUUUGACAUUUUCUUGUUUGAUCGCUUGACAAAUGGAAACAGCCUGGUAACACUGCUGUGCCACCUCUUCAACACCCAUGGACUCAUUCACCAUUUCAAGUUAGAUAUGGUGACCUUACACCGAUUUUUAGUCAUGGUUCAAGAGGAUUACCACAGCCAAAACCCAUAUCACAACGCUGUUCACGCAGCUGAUGUCACCCAGGCCAUGCACUGCUACCUAAAGGAGCCAAAGCUUGCCAGCUUCCUCACACCUCUGGACAUCAUGCUUGGCCUGCUGGCUGCGGCAGCCCACGAUGUUGAUCACCCAGGGGUGAACCAGCCAUUUUUGAUUAAAACGAACCACCACCUCGCCAACCUCUAUCAGAAUAUGUCUGUGCUGGAGAAUCACCACUGGCGAUCUACGAUCGGCAUGCUUCGAGAAUCAAGGCUUCUGGCUCACUUGCCAAAGGAAAUGACACAGGAUAUUGAACAGCAGCUGGGCUCCUUGAUCUUGGCAACAGACAUCAACAGGCAGAAUGAAUUUUUGACCAGAUUGAAAGCUCACCUCCACAAUAAAGACUUAAGACUGGAGGAUAUCCACGACAGGCACUUUAUGCUUCAGAUUGCUUUGAAGUGUGCUGACAUUUGCAAUCCUUGUAGAAUCUGGGAGAUGAGCAAGCAAUGGAGUGAAAGGGUCUGUGAAGAAUUCUACAGGCAAGGUGACCUUGAACAGAAAUUUGAACUGGAAAUCAGUCCUCUUUGCAAUCAACAGAAAGAUUCAAUCCCUAGUAUACAAAUUGGUUUCAUGACCUACAUCGUGGAGCCACUCUUCCGGGAAUGGGCCCGUUUCACAGGGCACAGCGCCCUGUCUGAGAGCAUGCUAAGCCACCUUGCACACAACAAAGCCCAGUGGAAGAGCCUGUUGCCCAGGCAGCACAGAAGCAGCAGCGGUAGCAGUGGCGGUGGUGGCCCAGACCACACAGGCCCAGGGACUGAGGACGAGGAGCAGACUGUGACCGGAGGCGACGCCCCAUAGUGCCAGGCAGGCCCGCCCCUGCUCUGCACACUGAGAGUGACAGCCUCCUUGAGCAGAGGCCUCUGAGAGGGCAGAAGCCCUAAGGGGCUCUUGCCGCUAAACCCAGCCCCUCUCUGGGUGUCGUCCUGGGGCAUUUUUGGAACCCCACUUCCCUGAAUCCCACUCACCGGCCUCCCUCCUUUUUCCAAGUGUACAGAAGCCAUGCGUCACCUCAGCAUUAGCUGCCAAAAUGAGCAACUCCAUUCUGCAGUGAGGGAGCUGAUUCCAGGGGCUGGCUUGGCCCUCGAGGAGAAACUGGGGAGAAAGAAAGAGGUGCUUCUGCUGUGGCCCCCCUCGGGCCCUGGGUCACACUGUGACAGGUGGCACUUCCCAAGUCCAGAGCGUUUUAGCAUUGGCCAUCGGACCACUGAUCUGCAUGACAAAAACACCAGCAUAUUUGGAACUCCAAGGAUCUUGGUCUUCAGUCCGAGAGCACAAAUGAGAGUGUGAGAGAAAGUACCUUCUAUUUUAAUAAUAAUUAUUAUUAUACAGAUAAUAAUAAAUCUUUUUAACUUUUCUAUUUUAUGCACUAGACAAUGGAUCUACAACUUUGGACUAAGAUUACGCAAUGUACCCAAACUUGAAAGGGGGUUCAUUGUUUUGUUACGGACUUUAUGCCACUUGGGGUCAGAGAUUUGGCAUCGUCUCAGUUUAAGAAACCACGUUUCCUAUCCAAUCCGAGGGGAAGGUGCUGUACAGUUCAUUCCUUUGCACCAUUAGCCAAUCUGUCUUUUAUCAAUAACUCAGAUUCAGUGACAUGUUUAUAUUCACACUUGUACAUUUUCUGUAAAUACCAAGCGCUACUGAUCCCCAUGCCAAAAUACAAGAGUAUUAUGGGAUUGCUACCUGUAUAAACAUGGCACUGUGAACAGAAUACUGUUAGUUUUAAUACAAGAGAAUGCAUUUGUAAAUAUGGUAUAGAGUUUAUUAAUAUACUAUUGUUUGCAGAUAAAGGCCUUAACUUUAAACAUCUUUCAUCUUCUGAAAGCUGCCCAACCGAAAUCCUCACAGAUGUCCCUCUGAACUGCCUUCCCAUGUCCAUCUUUCUGCUUUCCAGCUGAGGUCACAAACCAAAACUGAAUAAAGUCUUUGAGGAAAUAUUUUGGAAACUUCACGUGCAUUCCGCUUGGGACCAUAGUGUUUAAUCUAUGGCACAAGCAUCGUUUCCUCAGAUUCACAAGACCCUUCAGCCAGCCUGAAGUCACUUUCAACACAACGAUGUUGCACUCUGUUUUCACAAGCCAGCCGAUAAGCUUGUGGUUAUAUGACUCUUGUCAUGGAACGUGGCAGUGUGACACACAGCAGGUCUCACCAACCUUCCGUGACCCUGUCAUCUAACUGUCAGGGACUUCCCUGGUCCCCCAUCACACUGUCGUCUGUUCUGGCUGCAGUACCAAAGCGUCUUUGGUUUAUGGUUGCCGUGCAUUUCUUUGGUGUUAAUAGUAACUGGAUUUUUCUUUUUCCUUCAUUUCAUGUGAACAACUACCCACCUGUUUAGCAGAAGUUUAUAUAAUUUAAGAAACUAUUUCAGUUUUCUGGUAGAAUUUACCAUCCUGGCAGGUUAUUGUGGUUGAUCAUGGCUCUAGCUAGCAGAGUCACUUUGGACUUUGGUUGCCAUUUUUUCUGCAGACACUUGGCCGUAAAAUCAAUUUGUUACAGCAUUCUUCUCUAAGUCGGCUAACCUCUGUGCAUUAAACCUUUUCUUUAGAACUUCUAGCAUAACUAAUGCGAAAUGAAAAUUGGCAAUGCCCCCCUCUUUUUACCUUAAACAGUGUGGUAGUGGGAGAACGAUAACAUGAUUGUUUCUGCCACUAUCAAGCUGUUUCGCAAGCUGACUCUCAUUUCCUAAGUGCAACUCUUUUGUGUGUGUGUGUCUUCCUAACAUACAAAUAAAAUGUUAGAAACUUGACUGGAUUGUAUGAAGUUCCUGAAGAGAGACUGAGGCUUGCAGAAUUAAGGUUGAAGGGAAAUGUGGAAAGUUGCUUGUACUUUCAUUAAAGUAGGAGAGGUUAUCAGAUGGUACUGAAGAAAGUGUGAAAAUCUCAUGAAAUGGAUGGGUGAUAAGUUAAAAUUGUUGAUAUGGGUAAGAAGGGACGUUGUGAAAACGUAACACUAACUUUGGGUUUUGUCUUGGGUUGUUUUUUUGUUUUUCUCUAAUACCUAUGAACUAACACAUGAUUCUUUAUUGCUUUAAUACUCUGAAGCUCUCAGCUGGGUGAAGCCUCAAACGAGAACAUAUUGAAUGUAUUUCUGCUUCCAACCCUCUCUUCUUUUGGUUUGGUGAUGCAGAGGGCUUUUGAGUAAUCUAUUUUUAAUAUACAUGAGAUCAAAUCAAGGAAAGCAAUUACUGAAGAAGAAAUGAUAGAAAUAAGAGAGAAGAGGCUGUUUUAGCUACUGGAGCCUCGACUUUGACUCUAGGAAAUGGACUGUGUUUAAACUAUAUUUAUAUCAUAAUUUAAAUACAUAAGAUUGGAGGCAUUUUUAGUAGUUCCAUGUUUACAGGGCAAAAGUAUGUUAGAUCUUGCAAAAGAGCUCACGGAAAAAAGCUACCAAAUAUCUAACAGUUAAGGCUAUGAAGCAGUUUCUAGUAUGAUAAAAAAUCUGAAGUAAAAUGAGAUGUGGUGCAUAAAUGAGACACCUUUGUCUCUUUUCAGCCAUUUGGACAUUUUUUGAGUUCCCUGUUUGUUAACAGUAAAGAAUGUGAAAACCUUUUUUUGCCCCUUGCCUACUAGUGGCUCUCGCAAUAUUUCAAUGGAAGGAAUCCAAUUACUAGUGAAGACACAGCUGCUGGACCAUCCGUGGACUUUAUCUUCAUAUCUUUCUUCUCUUAGUCCAUGGACCAUCAAGAACUGACUUCUCAAGUUUAAUUCUUUCAAUGCUUGAGGAGAAAGGACUCAAAGGGCUAUUUUUAGUGCGUUGAAGGUAAAGUUACAAUCAAAUUAACACAGACACAGAAUAGGUAGCAACUGCCAGGCCUGACAGGCAAAGUCUGCUUUUCCUUUUUACAGCACCUGUGAAUGGUCAGACCCUUGUCCCUGAAACCCUGACCUACCCAUAACUCCAUGCUAGGCUGAGUGAAAAUCCUGCUGUUUCUACCUGCCUAAAGCUUCCCCAAUGGGACUUGGAGCGUGUCCUGCAACACUGUCUCCAGAUAGUUCUUCUUAGAAACCACAGACUUGUUUUGUAACCUUUUCUCAUGUUGAAUCAGAUCUGCUCACUGAUUGGAACAUUGGUUAUGAACUUGUAUCUCACUGUAUUUCUUAUGCUUUGUUCUUCUAAGCAAACCUUUAAAAUUGUGUUGUUUUGUGUACACAAAUGUGAGGUUUGGGGAAAAAAGAAAAAAAACCUUGUGAGUUUUUGCUCAAAAUGUGGCCUAAAUAUCCAUUGGCAUGUCUAGAUAAACAACUAAAAAUAAAGAUAAUUUCUUAAAAAUA